AUGCUAUCCGCAAGUGUCAGUGCCAGCCGCGGUUUAGAUGUCUUUGGCGAAGCCCCGAGCCACGUGGCCCAGAAGCCCGACAUGUGUCGCCCAGCUGUGCUCUCGCGAAGUACUGCCACGCCUCGACUGAGAUGUGGUACAGCGCGUAACGACGCGUCGACGACUGGCAGGCCCGGGAUACAAUCAUGCGCGGCUCUGAUGCCUCCUCAGAAUAACUUUAAGCAGCAUCUCAAGUGGCUGCUGAUCGCGAGGCCUUUCAUCCCGCCUUCCGUUCCGCUCGUUGCCUACAAUCCUGACGAUAACACCAACUUGGACGACAUAGCAGACGAACAGUCACGAUUGAACGACAUCACGAUAAAUGAUGAACCAAUACCAGCCGCACAGCCUGCCACAGCCCCCGUACCUGUCCUUAGCCGCCCUCGACCAUCCCGCACCCUCGCUCGAACGAAGACACUCGAUUUACACAAGCAACCCGAAAUCGAAGGGGGAGAGAGUGAUAUGGCAAGACUGCGCACAACACCAAGCAAUGGAAGACCUCGGCUUAUGCUAGCGGGCGUGCCGCCAUAUGCAUCGACACCUUCUACGAGUAGACAGCAGGAGGGAAAUGGCAAUGCACGGAGCCGAGCGCUGACGGAAGGUCGCAGCGAGUCCGCAUGGAUCACCAGGGAUGAAUCUUCGAGUGCAGCUGAACCUUCCAUGUCGCGCAGGCCACGCGUGCAGGUCUUCGAUGUGGAGGCCAUCGACCUGACGGGAGAGGAGGAGAUUCCCUCAUCGCCAGUACCAAACCACUUCAAUAAAAGCAAAAAAAGGGAAAGCGACGAUUACAAGAAAGAUGCUGCCUCUAAACAGUCUUCAAAGGCUGCUCAUAAGAUACCCUCUGGCAGUCCAGACCUUAUGAUGGAUGAUUUUCCGGACAUCGAUGAAUUUGUCAUGGCGCCAGAUACACCAGUUCCAAACAGCCCGCCACCACCAUACUCUACUGUUGCUCGAAGUAGGGAGCAAAAGCAACAGGAAGCGGCAACUGGUGACCUUGAAGAAGCUACGAUAGUGCAGUCGUCGGGAGAUGAAGGGCCAGUCCUGGCAGGGCGCAAAAGGAAAUCUUUGAGCCCUGCACCUUCAGAAAUUCUGGCGCCAGCUCGUAAGAUUGGCAGGCAAGCACGGAGUCCUUCACCGUUGACAAAUGCUGCGGCUGUCGAAUCAGCGCGUACACCCACGACAAGACGGAUAGCGCAUGCAGUGAUGGACUCAGAAGAUGAAGAGGAUGAUUUCGGUGACUUGGACGUCAUGGAGCUUGACUUGCUGCCCGAGUCCUCACCAAGCAGACGUACGCGCAAGCAGACGGCGAGUCGGGGCCCUGCGAAACAUUCAACCCAACUGCAGUUGCCAAUUCGGUCACCCAGUAAGCCUGCCAGAAGUCGAAGCCCAUAUGAAGAUAAGCAGUGCUCGAUACCUACCCCGGACACGACCAAGUCGCCUUGCAGAAAGAAAUCCCCACCGAAGAAAUCGCAGUCGAGACCGCUUGUACAGCCUGCAUUAUCUUUAUCCGAAAUGUCCAAAGAGCAGAAAGCAAAUACACACAAGGUCAUCGAAUUCUUCUUGGAAGUUGGCGGUGAUCAACACCUGCAGUCUGUGAUUGUAGCUUGGGAGAAGGCUAAAACUGCAUUCGUCGAGCAAGUCGGACUCGAUGACCCAGACCCGCGCGUCAAAGAUAACGUAGAGUGUCUGCGACCUAAGAAGGCUGCCGUCGAGCAUUUGACAACGCUGAAGGAACAGUACAAUAAGAUCGCAACUGAAAGAGACAUCUUGAAGCAGAAAGUGAAAGACGACAUCGAAGAAGGCAUCUACGAUGAGGCAGACUAUACAGCCCUGAAGACGGUGUCUAAGUCGCUCGAGCUUAUCGAAGUGCAAAUCCAGCACUUCCUUGGUAUUGCGGGGAUUCAGCAACCAAAGGCAGCACCAAAAGAGCCCAGAAAACCUGCCAUCAAAGUCGAAGCUAUGCCUCAUCAUGUCGUUGUUGAAGCAACACAAGCAAGUCCCGCUCGACGAAAACAGAAGGCUGCAGACUCAGGGCCGGGUCAUGUUCCACAAACACAGUUCCCGAACCAGCGCGUGGGUUCACCCAGUCGACACAUACGGUUCGCUGCAGAUCAAGUUCCCGCUCCUCCUCCAGCCGCGCGGACGACGUCAAGAUAUCAGGACCAGACCCUUCAGCAGUCUCGUUCUGAACAGGCCACCGCCCGUGGCUCUAGCGGCAAUGAUUCGUAUCACACGGCUGAAGAUUUUGGCGAGUACGACUUUAGCGACAAUGAAAAUCUGUUCACUGAACAUGUGGGUCCAGAUCUUCAAGCGGGUAAUGGACGUGUUACCAGAAGUGAAGACGAAGAGGACUUUGGUAUGGAUGAUGACGAGGAGUUCCUUCACGAGAUGGACAGGGUUGAGGGACCAGCUUCGGGCUACUUCGAUUGGAGGGGCAAUAGAGCGAACGCCAGUGCGCCCUCGCAUCCGCGAGAAGUACUUCGCGAGACUACAGUCGAUACCGCGCAAAAACAACACAAGCCAAGUUCACCGAAGAAACCUACAAUGAGCAUGCCUGGAAAAGGGGUGCCUGGGAUGAAUCACCCUUGGUCGAAGGACCUUAGAGCUGCACUGAUCCAUAAAUUUCAUCUUCGAGGGUUUCGACCAGGUCAGCUGGAAGCCAUCAAUGCGGCACUGGCCGGAGAACAUUGUUUUGUUCUCAUGCCGACUGGAGGAGGCAAAUCUCUGUGCUACCAACUGCCCUCAAUCAUUCGUUCUGGGAAGACAAGCGGAGUCAGCAUUGUAGUGUCUCCUCUUCUCAGUCUGAUGGAAGAUCAGGUCGAUUCCGCCAAGACCCGCUUUGGCGUUCAAGCAUGCCUAAUCAAUGGGCAAACCCCGUCAGACGAAAAGAAGGUGAUCAUGGACCACCUGGAGAAGGAGGCCGACCCUGGGAAGUUCAUCCAGCUUCUCUAUGUCACACCAGAAAUGCUGAGCAAGAACCAGCGGAUGAUCAGUGCAUUCCAGAGGCUCUACGACAGAGGUCAUUUGGCUCGUAUUGUUAUCGAUGAGGCGCACUGUGUCAGUCAAUGGGGUCACGACUUUCGACCAGAUUACAAGGCUCUGGGAGAUGUCGUUCGCCAAUUUCCGGGAGUGCCGGUGAUGGCUCUCACGGCUACAGCGACCCAGCUUGUGCGCGCCGAUGUCCGCUCCAAUCUCGGCAUUGAAAACGGGCGCAUGUUCUCUCAAAGUUUCAACAGGCCCAAUCUGUUUUACGAAGUGUUGCCGAAGGGCAAGUCGAUGGUCAACACUUUCGCCGAAUUGAUCAAGGAAAGAUAUCCACGCAAGUCUGGCAUUAUUUAUUGCUUGUCUCGCAAGAAUUGCGAAGACGUCGCAAAGAAGCUCUCGGAACUUGGCGUUCGCGCUUUCCACUACCACGCUGGCAUGUUCGCAGACACAAGGAUGCUGCGGAAAAUGAUCGAUGAGGGUGAAGGUAGCAGAGAGCAGAAGCAGCGACUUCAUGACAUGCUGCGUACAGUCGUGCAGUACUGCGAGAACAAAGCCGACUGCCGCCGUGCACAAGUUCUGGGCUACUUCAGCGAGGCCUUUGACUCUGCCAACUGCAACAAAACAUGCGACAAUUGUCGCUCGGAUGCAUCCUUCGUCACCAAGGAUCUUACGGAUUACGCGGCCAUAGCGUUUAAGCUCGUCAGUAAGGUGCAUGAGGAUAACGUCACCAUGCACCAGUGUGUCGAUGCAUUUCGAGGUGCCAAAGGCGCCAAAAUCAAAAAGAGCGGCCUCGAAGAGUAUGGUUGGGGCUACGGUGCUGAUCUGGAGCGCGGGGAUAAUGAGCGGAUCUUCCAGUCCUUGCUGGAGUCCGGGGCUCUCAAAGAAGAGAGCGUAGUCAACAAGGUUGGCUUCGCGACCAACUAUCUUCAUCCCGCCACAUCCCGGAACGAUUAUGAAACUAAGCGCAAGCAACUUAAGCUGCAAGUUCGAGCGUCACCUACCAAAGCACCGGUCAGAAAGAGACAGGUAAAGAAGCAGCAAGCAGACUAUCCCUCUACUAAUGUCUCUUCGCCGGUCCGAGCAACGAAGCGGAGAAUUCAGGAGUAUGCAUACCAACAACAACAAUCUUACAGCGAUCACGAGCACUUCGCGAAACCACGGCGCGCUAUGCGUGACCAGAAGAGCCGCAGUCGUCAGCCUCAGGAUUUUGGUGAUGAGUUUGCCGCGAUUCGAUUUGCGAAGCCGCCACGAGUAGCCAAACAGCCUAAGAGGCUGGGCAAACCAAUUACAGUGGAUGAGAGGCUGACUGGGUUUGAUGAGAUGCAGCGAGAUAUUCUGCAUGACUUCCUCAACGGUGCGAAGAAGUUGAGACAGGACAUCAUGACGAACAACGGCCAUCGACAACCAGUCUUCUCCGAUACAAUUCUUCGAGAGAUGGGGCUGUGCUUGCCCGCUGACUUGGAGGAGAUGAAGACUAUUCCAGGGAUUAAUAAGGACAUGGCCGACCGCUAUGGCAAGAAAUUCAUGCUCCUGAUCAAUAACACGCGAGACAUGUACGGCGGUAUGGCACCCACUCCACGGAACUACCCACCACAGCGUCGACCGAUUGUCGAAGCACUCUCAGACGACGACUGCGAAGAAGGCGAUGACGAUGAAGAAGUCUACGAUCCGAAUCGUCAGCAAGUCAUCGAUCUCUGCGAAAGUGAUGAAGAUGACCUAGCCCCAGCCGAGGACUUGGAGAGCAACUAUUCUUAUGGCGAUAGUGAUGACGAUGACGAUGACGAGCGCAGAAGUCACUUCUUCACACAGCCCCCCGAUCCCGAAGUGGAAGAGUUCAACAACCGCUUGACGCAGACCAUAUCCGCGAACACAGCCUCUUCAAAAGCUACAGCUCUGAGGAGGGCACCUAGAGCGUCCUCAUCUGCGCCAAAGAAGAGACUCAAUAGGAAGUCAGGAGGAAGCUUCGGGAAAAGUAGUUACUCUGGGGUAAAGAAACGAGCAGCCAGUAAGGUGACAAGCAGUAAAGCGCCUGCUGCCCAGAAGAGGGGUGCUGGAGGGACGUCCCGUGGAGGCACUGCGGCUGGUGCAAAAACUGGAGGUAGAGCUGGUGAGAACAGCAACGGCUGGAGUUCGAUCAUGGGUAUGCCCACCUGA